CCUUAACCCCAAAACAUGUUUAGAUCGAAAAUCUUUUAGCGCAGUCCAGAUGCCCGAUCGUGGUGGGCGGCACAAAUUACUACAUCGAAUCACUGCUGUGGGACAUAUUGGUUAGCCCGAAAGAUGCCAGCGAGCUUGACAGCAUAGACUAUAAGUCUUCCGCUUCGACUGCAGCGACUACAGAAUCGGAAGAUGCCAACGUGUCUGAAAAUGCAAAAAAUCCCUUAUUUCUGCCUGUUGCUGAGAUGAAUGCCAUGUCAUCGGAAUUGUUGCAUAACCAUUUACAGAAAAUCGAUCCGGACUCGGCAAAUCGCAUACAUCCCAACAAUAAAAGAAAAAUUACGCGCGCCAUUGAAGUGUAUCAACAGACGGGACAGACUUUAAGUGCAAAAUUACAAGCGCAACGUGAUCAGCCGGGAGGCAACCGACUCGGUGGUCCGCUAAGAUAUCCUCACACUAUAUUAUUUUGGCUGCGUUGUAAGCAGCAAAACCGACAACUCCACAGCGUACACCCGUGGCGUACUUCAAACAAUAGGCUUCAAAGAAUUUAUACCCUACUUGGAGCAGUUUGAUGCGGCAAAUGAUCAGAAAAUUGAAGAGUACUUACGCUUGAAUGCGUAUAAAAUGCCAACAGAAGAGCACUUCAAAGCACAAAAGCCGAGUUCAAUAAACGUAACACGGGUUACAGAGUCACAAAAACAAAAAGAAAACGAAUCAGCAACUUCAAGCCAAGCACAGCAUGAACUCGACAGAGUAGUUGAAUUAGAAUUGGGAUCAAAUACCACUGUACCUACAAAUAGAAGUCCAGCUUUACCUGCUGGUCUGGAUGUGCUAAACUCAUGUUUGAAUGAAUUGAAGUUGGUCACACGACGCUACUCUAAGAAGCAAAUUAAGUGGAUUAAUAAUCGGUUUUUGGGCAGUAAGGAUCGUCAAGUACCAGAUUUGUAUGAGCUCGAUACGAGUGAUGUAAAGCUCUGGCAAGCUGAAGUGUAUGCGCGUGCUGUGACGGUGAUCGAAAGCUAUCGAAGUGGGGUGGUUUGUGAGAUACAACCAAUGACGCGACGACAGCAUCCGGGUGCGGGACUCAAUGAGGAGAUCAGCAACUAUUGUAAACCCUGCCAACGACACUUCAUAGGCGAAUUCCAAUGGCAGCUGCAUUUAAAAUCCAAUAAGCAUAAGAAGCGAAGGGAGGCAAUCAGAAAGAAAGAAAAGGCGAAGGACUUGGGUACCAUCACUGGAGAUGUGAAGUCCUAAGCAUGUUUUUAUUAUACAUGGAUCAAACUUUAAUUAAAACCAAUGUCUUAAAACGAAAUAAAAAAGUUACAAAAACAUCUAAUGAAGAUGCUUAAAA